AUGCAAAGCAGUUACGGUACCAACGUCCACGGUGCAGCCUCGCAUAGACCCCCAACUGGACGGUUAGGAACUGCCAGCCGCCUGGCCAUGAACACAGCACUACCACCAAAAACCGCGACGAGAUUUGGCACGUCUAUUAGUCGCCAAAGCCAGAGCAUCCUGGACCGGCCGAUAACGCAGCACGGUAUCAGCGGCCUGGCCACGGCAUCGAGCGGAGGCGGUAACACUCGCCAGAUCCAAGACAGGCGCUAUUGGGAAGGCGUUUUGCAGUUGAAGAUGCGAGAUCUACAAGAGGAAAUCGUGCGUUUACAGACGUUCACCCAAGCUGCUGCUAGAGAACAGAGCGCCAAGAAACACUAUGACAAAAAGGUCAAACGAAUCGCCGCAGAACUUACAGAGCUGCAAGGAAAAUUGGCAGAUUACAAUUUAGUCAUGGAAAAUUUGUCUUCUGGAGGUGAUCGGUCGAGGAUGGAGAACCAGGCACAAAAGCUAAGGGAGCAAAAUGAAAUUUUACAAGCCAACGUUGAAAGUGUGUUUGAACAGAGACAAAAAGCUGAAGAAAAUAUGAUUCAAUUAGAAAAGCAGAUUGAGGAGGAAAAUCAAAAGAUUAUGCAUAUCAUUAAUGAAAUGCCCGACAAAGAGAAAGCUAAAUAUUUGGAAAUGAGAAGUAAAAAUCAGGAACUACAACAACGUGCUAUUGAAAUGCAAAAUGAAUUGGAUGAAAUUACCAAGGAACGCGACCGCUUGCAUGUCGAAAUCAGUGGAUCCCAAUUGCGGCUGGACGCCGCAAGACUGUUCGAGCGUAUAAGAGAAACUGAACAGAAACGUCAACAAUUAUUAGAAGAUCAGGCGACACGCCUAACUCCUGCCGAAGAAAGAGAAAAACUUCUCGCACAGGUUCGAGAAGAUAAUGCAGCUGUCUCUAGCAUGGAUAAACAAAUGAAGCAUUUGAAUGAAGAGAUUAAAAAGAAGAAAAAACAGUUAGACCAAGCUGAACAGGAUUUAGAAGAAGGAAAUGGGGAACGUCAUCAGAAAUACAUAGAAUUGCGCAAACGCGAUGAUGCUAUGGAAGAAUUCCUGCAAUCAUUUCCACAAGUUUAUGAUGAAGAAAUGUCAAAGCUGAAGGAGUUGCAAGAACUAAUCGUUCAUUGUUUAAGUCACAGCAGCUUAAGCGUUACUGGAGAAUCAGUUGACCACAUGCACGUGGCAAAAGACAACUUUAAUUCAAGCGAAAGUCCUACUCAUCACUACAAUUCUAUGAUGCAACAACUAAAGAAGGUGCAAGCAAUGGAAAAUAAAAUGCAUUCAGAACUGAAUUCAAUAAUGGAUACAGAAAAAAAAAUGCAACAAGAGUUGCUGAUUGUAACAGAUCUGCACAGUUUGAGAGAGAAACAUAAUGAACAUAUACAAGAAUUACUGAGAGAGAAAGAGAUGCUAAAAAAGAAGAGUGAGCCAACUAAAAAUGCUGUGAUUGAAGCACAGCGAAAACAUGAUGAGCUAAAGAAAACUCUAGAGGAUAAUGAUAUGUAUUUGGGUAUAAAAGAUUUACAAGAUAAGCUAUCAGAUCUUACUACAACUGUAGAUAAUUUAAAUGAAAAAGUUCAACAGAUGAAAUCUACUACAACUUUUGAAGACAUAAAGCAAAGUUGCCUAAAUUCAUUGAAUCAAUAUAAUGAAAUGUUAAAUAUCAAAUUGCCUACCAGUUAA